AUGACGUGGAACAUGCGUAAGAUUGAAUAUGCUGAUGUUUACUGGUUUGGUUUGGUUAGUCGUGUUUAGUUUCUAAAGUUGUGAGUGCUUAGAUACAGAUGUUGGUUUUUUUUUUUUCUGCUGUCAACGAGAGGUUUGGAUUCGAACUCCUGAGCUGUUCUAAAGGUCUGUUGAGAGGACUGACUGCGUCGUUUGGCAGUCACUGCUGGAGUGUUGACUCUGCCUGGAUCUCACACCAUGGCUGAUGAACUGAAAUUUCAAGAGUUCGAGGAGGCUACAGAUCUCCUUUCUGCUGACCCGGCCGCCUCCACAAUCAGCAUCGCCGCUCCUGGCGCUGCUGGCACCUCUUCCUCAGAUGUCAGACUGAACCUAUCAGAUGAUGAGGAGAACCAGCAGGAGAGCUCUGGGUUACUCGGAGGUGAGAAGCAAACCAGUGGCUUCUGGACAUUUGAAUACUAUCAGUCUUUUUUCAAUGUGGAUACUCUGCAGGUGUUGGACAGGAUCAAAGGGUCACUUAUACCUUUACCUGGACGAAAUUUCGUUAAACAUCACAUUCGCAGUAACCCAGAUUUGUAUGGGCCUUUUUGGAUAUGCGUGUCUCUCGUCUUUUCUGUGGCCAUUAGUGGGAACCUCUCUACCUUUCUGAGUCAGAUGGGUGACCCUCAUUAUCACUAUAGACCACAAUUCCACAGAGUGACGAUUGCAGCAGUUGCUGUGUUCCUGUAUGCGUGGCUCGUCCCACUGGGUGUGUGGGGCUUCAUGACUUGGAGACAGAGCACUGCACGACAAAUGAGCGCUUACUCUUUUCUGGAGACAGUGUGUGUCUAUGGCUACUCUCUCUUCAUUUACAUUCCUACUUCGAUAUUAUGGACCAUUCCAUUUGGAUGGCUGCAGUGGCUCUUGAUUGUGAUUGCCAUGUUGAUCUCUGGCUCUGUGUUGGUCAUUACCUUUUGGCCAGCGGUGCGUGAUGACACCAGAAUGACAGCUUUCUCCAUUAUGGCAGUCAUCGUACUGCUCCAUGCUCUGUUGGCCAUCAGCUGCAAGUUGUACUUCUUCCCCACACCAGUGCAAACAUCCAUCUCUUCACCGACCAGCCCUAGCCUGAAUCACACGACACUGACCAGCCACGGGAGCUCGGGUUAGCGGGGGGGGGGAACAACGUUGCUGUAAAAUCCCUAUUUUUGUUAAUGCACUACUGAUUUAAUAACUUUUUCAUAAGCAAUAUGGAGGAGAUGGGUACAGCUUAAGCUGUGAUGGACUUGAAGUUGUCUUUGGGGAUCUGGAAGGAAAAGCUUUACUGGGCCUGUAAUGUAUUAUUCAUAUAGAGUUUGUACAUCUCUGUACUUGGAUCAGGUCGAGAUACUGAUACUCAUCCCUGUUCCUAUAAAUAGUAUGAAAUCA